AUGCUGGGCAAUCCGUCGCGGGGACAACCCAACAUCCACGACAUUGCGUCCAAUGGCGACGUGGCGCAAAUGGAGGCUCUGCUUGCAUCGAAUCCCGAUUUGAUGUCUGAGGCGGAGGGGGGCACGCUGAAGACGCCUCUCCACUUGGCGUGCGAACGGGGCGACCUCGAACUCGUGGCACUCCUGCUCGCCCGUGGAGCCGAUACUGCAGCUCGUGAUCGGCACCAGCUGACGCCUCUCUUCGCUGCUGUCAAGCGCAACGCCGCCAAGGUUGUACGACUCCUCCUGCGCUCUGGAGGCUCACAGGCCGACCCACCGCCGCCGCCACAAGGGGGCAACGGUGGUGGUGGUGGGGAACCGACGCCUCAAGGAAGACUCUCUGGAUGGUCGACUCGGCCGAGCCACAGCACAAGCGCGACAACGGCCGUAGCUACGCGGCCGUCAGCCUCUACUCCUUCGUCGCCAGCGAGCGAUCCCAACGUUGUGGCGAAAAAAGGGGAGACGCCACUUCUGUGGGCAGCACGCUUCGGCAAGGCGUCGGUGGUGCGAGCGUUACUCAAGGCUGGCGCCGACGUGCACUACUGUCCAGGCCGGCAGGCCGGCGGUGUGCAGCUGCGGACGGCCCUGCAUUGUGCGGCGGCAAGCGGACGAGAAGACCUUGUGCGUCUGCUGCUGGCCCACGGCGCGUCUCUCAACGUGGUCGACGGCGAGGGCAAGACACCAAUCUUCUCUGCCGUCAAGUACGACCAGGGUCCCGUGCUCGAGUACCUCUUCUCUCUGCCCGACAUCAACCUCCUCCAUCGCGAUUCGGCCGGUCGCUCCAUCCUCCAUGCGGCUUCAGCGAGUGGACACUUGGCGAUCGUGAAGCGGUUGGUGGAGCUGGCGCCUUCCCUAUUGGAAAUGAAGGACCGGGAUGGACAGACCUGCCUCUUCUCGGCGGCCAAAUACCAGCGCGUAGACGUCCUCCGGUUUUUGGCGCAGGAGAAGUCAGCCAACGUCAACGUGCGCGACCGUCGCGGACGGACACCCCUGCACUCGGCGUGUGCAGGCGGCGCUGUGCCUGCCAUUGGCUUGUUGCUGGAGAUGGGUGCGCUGCCAAAUAUGCAGGACGACCAGGGCCAAAGUCCCCUCUUCUCAGCAAUUAAGUACCAGAAGACCGAGGCCGUAGAGUGCCUCCUCAAGGCCGGCACUCGCACUGUUGAUGUGAACCUCCAAGACAAGGCCGGUAUGACGGCUUUACAUCAUGCUAGCAAAGAGUCCUAUCGAGAAGGCACAGAACAACUGUUGUGCUGUGAGCGAAUCGACGUCAACGUAGCCGACAGCCGGGGCAAAACGCCGCAAGACUAUGUUGUCGAUGACACCAUACGAGAUCUCUUCGUCGAGCGCAUUACCACAGAAGGGACGCCCUCGCGAAAGAGAAAGGCUGUGGAGGGUGAAGAGGGAGCCUCUCCGCCGGGCUCACCGUCAUCGUCGUCAUCAUCAGCGGCUACAACGGCCUCCUCACCAUCGUCCUCCAUCACAGUUCUGCCGCAACAGUCAACGCCACGCCGCCCGCUACCGACUUCUUCCUCCUCUCCCGUGCUCCCCGCCAAGUCGCCACCGAAGAAGGCACGCGCGUCGCCUCACUCGACCAUAGGCCGCACCACUGUAGAUACCGAUGCCUAUGACCUUUCGACUGUGGCCUACGAGCCAGCACGACGUAAAUCAGCCGGUGAGAGACCAACUGGAGCGGGGGAACAAGAGCGGGAUUGUGAUUCUAUCAGUUACGACCUGGCGCUGAGCUUUGAUGGAGCUGAUGGUACUCCAGUCGGAGAGCGACGAGCGCACAGCCAGGAGAAGGGGAAGGGCAUGCACAUAGAUGAAGAUGACGAGGACGAGGACGAGGACGAAAGUGAGUUGAUCCAGACGGCCCGGUUUACCCGCGUGGAAACCAGCGUUCGGUCCAUAUCAGGCGAGUCAGUCAACCUGUCGAUAACGGAAAUGCUGAAGGUGUGGGAGAUCAAGAUCGACGAGCUCAAGUUUGGCGAGGCCCUGGGGACAGGCGCAUUUGGCUCAGUGUGCAAGGGUACCUGGCGUAGCAGUGAGGUCGCCAUCAAGCGAUUACACAAGCAGGACGACACCGCUCUCAAGAUGUUCUUCAAAGAGGUCCAGCUCAUGUGUAAGUUGAGACACGGCAACAUUGUACAGUACUUUGGCGUGUGUCUUCAUCCAUCUGCUCGGUGCUUGGUCAUGGAGUAUGUACCUGAGAGUCUAGCGGGUCUGUUACGUCAUGGGCCGAUCGACCAUUCUUUGCUCGUCAUGAUUGCCAAGGGCAUCGCCCAGGGGAUGCAUUACCUACACUGCUCGAGUACUGGCCUCUCUUUAUUUAUAUCCUCUGUUGAUCCUCGCUGUCCGCUGACUGUUUCGUGCGUGGUCUUCCUCGUUGUGGCCAUUCACUCUACCGCAGACAUCAUUCACCGCGAUCUCAAGGUGCCUCCUCCUUCCCCUUGA